AUAGACAGCAUUUCCGACUCGCGUGCGCAGUAGAGCAGACACAGAAGGUUAUAUAUUUCGCAUUUUGUCCAGAAAUGCUGUCUAUGUGAUGUGAUGCGACGGUUGAACAACACACCGGACCGUUCCUUACCUUCAAGCAGACACAACUUGAUGUGAUUGUGGCCAGUUGUCUGCAGAAACCUGUGAUGGACGAGAUGCUUCUUCUCACUUUCACCAUGUUGACUUCUUCCCUCAGAGUCAAGUUCUGUUUCAGCAUCAAAUAUGCCACAAGUAAUGUUGGUGAUCGGCUCACUCCCACACGACAGUGAACCAGGAUUUUUCCUGUUGGUAGAAGAAAUAACAAUAUUUACUUUAAAUGAUGCAGAACUAAAAGUUCAGAGAUUUAAUGAGCUAAGAUAAGUUCUGGAGAUCAACCUUCCCGUGGAGUCCAUGUUCAUGAUAUAAGAAAUCAACCUUAACCUGAGCUUUUGUUACAUAAGAGAAAAUCGUGUUCAAGCAAACAUCCUGUAAGUGUCAGAACGCCCUUACUGAAACUACAACUUAUAUUCACACCAGGCCCAGCAAACGGAAGGUCCUGGAAUGCACCUACAUAUGACGUCAUUGAUAGGUUGAACACCGACUCCACAGAAAAAUAUCAACGACUAUUCCUCUAGCCCCGCCCACUGGUUCGCGCAUGACCGUAGUGAAGUAACACAUGUGGAGAUAGAGCCGAGCAAAAAAGUUAUAAACAUGCCGUUAAAGAUCUCUAAAUAUUGCGCAGUGCCUGGUUGUGGAAGAACACAGUCGCUGCAUAACCUUCCCUCGAUUUCCGACAUUCGGAAUGCUUGGUUAAAGUUUAUUUUUAAAGACGGUCCAGCUCACGUGGGUAAAACAUUGAGCGUUUGUUCGCUUCAUUUCACCGACGAUUGCUUCGUGAACAAGGCACAGGUCGACGCUGGAUUUGGGGAGAGACUAAGAUUAAAAAGCAGUUCUGUGCCGUCAAUAUUGGAUCCGACAAGAGUGGCGCAGCACUCUUAUAAGGCUCCAACUAAGCAGGAUGCAGCUUGUCAAACAGACACACAGAAGUGUAUAUCGAAGGGCACACAGCUGUCCUUUGGAACCUUGGGACCUAAAUUCAGAAGCAAAGGAACACAGACAGAAGUGUCAUGUAUAAGUGUAUGUGUUUCAUCCACUACGACUGGUGAAAGUUUCACACCUUCUGCUUCGCUACCUUGGAGUUCAACACCUCUGAAUGAUUCAAGGCCACCAAAAAGAGCUCGUCUAGAACUGGGGACGGAGGAAAGUGCUUCCUUUGAGGUCCUUGAUCAGCAGGACACGACAUAUGAGCCGGCGGAGUGUGACAUCACUGUCACAGAGUCAUCACAACAUCAAUAUAUGUCGACACAGGAGGAGACAAAAUACAUUGUAUUUGAAAACUGCCUCCUGCAACUGUUUGAUACCUGUCCAGUGUGCUCGAGACGCUGCGAUGUCCGUGCUCGAAGAAAUGGGACUUUUGUUGCAGUAGAUCAACUGUGCCCACAUUGUCAAUACUUCCGACAAUGGAAAAGCCAACCGGUUGUUGGGAGCACACCUUUGGGCAACCUUCAGUUAUCUGCUGCCGUAUACUUUACUGGUGGAUCGUUCUUCCAAUUGGAAAAGAUAUUCAACACAAUGCAUGUCAAGAGCAUUACUCGCAGAACUUUCAGAAAGCAUGCCAGCAUGUAUCUGGAACCGGCAAUUAUUUACACGUGGAAGAAGGAACAAGAAGAACUGUUGCAGCAGCUAAGCCUGGGGGACAAAGUCAUUGUGGGUGGUGAUAUGAGAGCGGACUCACCAGGCCAUUCGGCAAAGUAUGGUACCUACACCGUUAUGGACCUCAAGAGCAACAUUAUCUUGGACAUACAGCUUGUGCGGAGAAAUGAGGUUGCUGGCAACUGCCAUAUGGAAAAGGAGGGACUGAAAAGAAGUCUUGAAUUUCUGGAGGCACAUGGUGUGAGGCUUGAAUGUAUCGUUACAGAUCGUCACCCGCAAAUUAAACAUUUUUUGAGGGACUGUAAAAUAACACAGUUCUAUGACGUUUGGCAUCUGGAAAAAGGCCUGUCAAAGAAGUUGGAACAAAUUGGCAGAGAUAAGGACUGUCAAGUGGUGAAAAAGUGGCAGCAGAGCAUAAAGAAUCAUGUUUAUUGGACCGCAGCUUCUUCCAGAACAGCAGAGGAGAGAGUAGCGAAAUGGACAUCCAUGGUUAACCACAUUCAAGACAUUCACGCACAUGACGACCCAGCCUACCCACAGUGUGCACAUGAAAUCCGUGCAACGAAGGACCGGAGCAAAUGGUUCCAACAAGGAACUAAAGCACUGUACACUGUCCAAAAGCUUCUUACAAACAAGAGAAUGUUGAAAGACGUCGAGAAACUCAGCCCUCACUAUCAAACUUCAUCUUUGGAAGAGUUUCACAGUGUAAUUUUACGCUUUGCUCCAAAAAACGUCAUUUAUUCUCACCUUGGAAUGUUAUGCAGACUGUACUUGGCAGGUAUGCAUUUCAACGAGAACUCCAGCUGUCCUCAGGCUAAAACGAAAACUGGUCAACCAUUAUAUAGGCUGUUGUUUCCCAAAGCCAAAAAGGGCGAAUACUCUACACGGCCAUUAAAGUCACAGGCAACAUAUUGUUAUGUCAACAAUCUGAUGACAUUCCUUUUUGAAAAGGUGAUGCCAGACCCUCUACCCUACAUGGAGGAGAUUCACAAAAUCAAAAUCCCUGAAACACUCUCAGCUCAGUAUGACGGACCCUAUAUGGAAGAAGCCAUCACAAGUGGCGGUCUAAAUCCAACAUAACUGCCUGAAGCAUCAUGACACUCUUGCCGUGUACGCAGGACAACACAAGACGGGAUAACAACCCUGUUCCUCCUGCCAAGAUAGCACCAGCGCACAAAAGUCCUGUAUGCCAAGUGCCUGAAAGGCCUAAUCUGAAAGACAUUGACAAAGUCCGAGACAUUUCUUUGUUUUGUUCUUUUAUUGUAAAUUUAUGAAAAAACGUGUAAUAUUUACUAUGUUAAUAUGUACUAAAAACAUUACAGCAGUUUUUUCUUCAAAACACAGUUUUUUCCAUUGAAAGAUACUAUAGUGUGUUUACAUAAAUUUAAUUGUAAUGACCUGACUGCUUUACAAUGUUGUAAUGAUUGAGUGUUCAAUACUAUAACUUAGACUUCUGUGACAUGAUAUGAAUAUUACUGUUCUGCUCAUCUGAGUGUCAAGGAGCCAUAAUCAGCUCUGUAAACAUUAAGUGCAUUCUGUAGUGAAUGCACAUUUAGGCAAACUGGUUUAAAGCCUAGGUGAUGGGUCAUGCAGGUAACUGUGUCUGGUAUCUGGUAAUUCUAACAACCUAAAAAAACAAGAACAGUAAUUACUUUUAUUAUAUACACACAAAAAAGCAUUAUGUGCGUCAGGCUUACCUAAGGAAUCUCCAAACAGCUUAUAUUUUAUUUUUCUUUUGGCAUAACAGCACAGUUUUUACAGAUACACCUGCAGAUUAUUGACGGCAAGUGAUUUAUCAUUUUAAUUGCAAAAUGGCAGUGUGUAACUGGCAACGUACACAUUUCACUUUACUUAAAAUGCUGAACCAAUAAUACUGGGUUGAAACCCGGGUUAAAAUUACUUAUUGAUUUUGAUGUUUUGAAUGUAAAAUCCACGCGAACGUCAUAAGUAGACCACAGACAACAGUAUAAAAUAAUACAAGGGCCAGUUCAUGACACCUUUAAAUCCUUCUCUAUCACCUUCUUCUUUAUCUUGUUCAGGUGAUUCUAGUCUGAAUGACACUUUGCAGUAUUACAGAUGUCUAUGAAUGAAAACUGCUUGCCUCCUCCCGUCAGUGCUGAAUGAAUAAACUCUGCUGCAGUGUUAAAGUGGAGUGUUAAAGUCAAACCCGGACGUAUCAUUUG